AAAGGUGUACACAAAAUUGUAGUUUACAUCAAAUGCUCGUGAUACCAUGUCUUUCACAUCAUUUGUAACUACACUUGGCUGAGUUCGCACAUCAAAUGCUCGUUGUACCAGGCCGCCAUUGUUCCUAAAGACUCCCCAAUGGAAGAUGGAGUCUGAAAAUAAGAUAGAAAUAAAUCAAAAUUGCAGCAGUGAAGGAAGCAAAUGUUGAUCGCAAGGGUUCGGCUUUAUAUGAAGCUAAAUGUCGAUGCUCCUUCUUUUGCCAUGGAAGCGUAGAGCAGUGUAGAUCGCGAAGAGAAUUGCUAUGGCGGCCUAGGGUGUUAGUUGGGAAAAAGUAAAUUUAAUAGGAGUAAGGUUAUUCUUGCCGAGAAAAGGCGAGCAAAAGAAAAGAAAGGGAGGAACGAGAAGAGAACACAGACAUCAGAGAAAGAGGGCUAUGGCUUCCUUUAGCGUCCCUCCGGUGCUAACUUCCCCUCGUGACGAUGCUAUGCAUCUCUAUAAAGCUUUCAAGGGUUUUGGAUGUGACACUGCAGCAGUUAUCAAUAUCCUCGCACAUAGGGAUGCUUCACAGCGUGCUCUUAUCCAGCAGGAGUAUAGAGCUAUGUACUCUGAAGAGCUUCACAAGCGCUUGUCUUCCGAGCUUAGCGGUGAUGUUAAGAGAGCAGUUUUACUUUGGGUGGCUGACCCGGCAGGACGAGAUGCAACCAUAAUCAAGCAGAGUUUGCAUGAAGCCACCGAUCUCAAGGUCGUGACCGAAGUGAUAUGUUCACGGAUUCCAUCUCAGCUACAAUACCUUAAACAAGUCUAUCACUCAAUGUUUGGCCUUUACCUUGAGCAUGAUAUUGAAAACCAUAUGACUGGGGAUCACAAAAAGUUGGUACUAGCAUACGUGAGUGCCCCCCGAUAUGAUGGCCCAGAAGUUGACCCAGCUGCAGUGCAACAUGAUGCUAAAACUCUUUAUAAGGCAGGUGAAAAAAGGCUUGGGACUGAUGAGAAGAAGUUCAUACAGAUAUUCUCUGAAAGAAGCAGGGCACAUUUGGCUGCAGUCAUAUCUGCUUAUCAUGCCUUGUGUAAUCACUCGUUGAAAAAGGCAGUUAAAAGUGAAACCUCAGGGCUAUUUGAGUUUGCCCUCUUGACUAUUUUACAGUGUGCUCAGAAUCCGGCAAAGUACUUUGCUAAGACAUUGCGAAAGGCAAUGAAAGGAAUGGGGACAGAUGAUACAACACUUACGAGGGUAGUUGUGACACGAGCUGAGGUCGACUUGCUGUAUAUCAAAGCAGAAUACCACAAGAAAUACAAGAAAUCUCUGCAUGAUGCGAUUCAUUCAGAAACUUCUGGCCACUAUCGUGCCUUCCUUCUCUUGCUUUUAGGUCCCCUCAAUCAUUAGCAGAACUUCUUGCAUGACACUGUGCUCACGCUUCUACUAAGGUUUUAUUAUGUAUAAUAAUCGGACACAUGGCACUGCCUACAUUGUAUCUUAUUACUGAAAAUGCAUGUCUGCCAAGUUAUUAGGUUGCGGAUAAAACAUGUCUGUGCGAAGAAAAUUUAAGAGCGGGUCAAAGAUGACUCAUGUUUGUGAG